CAGAACUCGAGAACUCGAGACUUCGAUAAAGCCGCCGGGGUUUAGGGUCAGUUUGCCCAAGAUGGUGAAAAUGUACGCAAUCUAGGCCUUGAAUUAAUUAUGUAAGAAAUAUUUAAGACAAACUAUCAUAGCUUGGCUAAAUUUUCCAGUAAAUCUAAAACAAAACGUUUUUAUAUAGCUUGAAACUAAUGCAAACGAAUUUUGGCAAAGAUGUAAUAUUUACAGCAAUUUACUGCUCUUUUGUAAGAUAUUUUUUGCAGAAAUUUAAUGGGAAUUUAAUUACGAGAAAAAUAACAAAGCCUUUGUACAAUAUGUAGUACACAUUUUUUUGUAAUGCGCUCUUUUUAUACGCGCUUUAUACAUUUGCUCUACCAAUUUAAAGAUCUACAUUUGGAAAUCUUCAAAAAAUCCAAUAGAAAACUGGCAGCAAUUUCCGUUUCGUUAAAGCAUUUUCGUGGUUCCCAAACCCCUUUUGGCCAACUUACUGCCUCCAAACUCUUCCCACUGCAGGUUGUGCACACCCCUUGUAAUUAGAGGGGCUUCAUUUGCAAACGAAGUAAACGAAAUAAGGGAAGUCAACUAAAUUAGGCUGCAGCUCGAUAGCGACAUUGACUUUGACAUUUUAAGGAACUAAUGAUGAUGAGGGCCUUAAGCUCGGGUGAUAUGGUGAUAUAUACAUAUACCCAGUGGAUCUUGCAGUGAGCACUACUUUUCAGAUAGCUAGCCCAACCAGUCAUGUUACCAUUCUGGACUUUCCCACUAGUCCUUUGUGCGGCCGGAGUCCUGGGACAGAACGACUCCGCUGUGGAGCCCCGCAUUGUGGGCGGCACCAAGGCGAACGAGGGUCAGUUUCCCCACCAGAUCUCACUUCGCCGACGUGGAAGCCACACUUGCGGUGGUUCCAUCGUCUCCAAGGACUACGUUGUCACCGCAGCACAUUGCGUAAAGCAGGGGAGCAAUGUAGCUCCAGCUAACCAGCUGGAGAUUCAGGCGGGCAGCCUGCUCCUCUCCAGCGGCGGAGUCCGAGUUCCAGUGGCCACCGUCACCGUGCAUCCCAACUACAACGGCAAUGGCCACGAUGUGGCCGUGCUGCGCCUGCGCGAUUCGCUGACCUUCAACUCCAACAUCGCGGCCAUCCAACUGGCCACCGACGAUCCGCCCAACGAUGCCACCGUGGACAUCUCCGGCUGGGGCGCCAUCUCCCAGCGGGGACCGAUCUCCAACUCCCUGCUGUACGUGCAGGUGAAGGCCCUGUCGCGGGAAACGUGCCAGCGGAGGUACCUCCGCCAGCUGCCGGACACCACCAUGUGCCUGCUGCAUCCCAAGGAUAAGGGUGCCUGCUAUGGGGAUUCCGGUGGUCCGGCCACCUACCAGGGCAAACUGGUCGGCGUGGCCAGCUUCGUGCUCGGUGGCUGCGGACGAUCUGCGCCCGAUGGCUACGAAAGGGUCUCCAAGCUGAGGACUUGGAUCGCCGCGAAGGCCAGUUUGUAAAUCGCCAAAGUCAUCGUGGAACAUUCCAAUGGUGUUUGGGUAAAAAAACUGUUUUUGCAUAUAUCCCAACUAUAUUUUUUUUCACAUUAAUU